UCGCAUUUUAUUUCAUCCAUUAUGAAAACUCUAGCCACUUUUCCUGUGUCUUGGGUAAGCAAGGCGCAUGAUCCGGAUAUUUCUAAUUUCAAACAUCGUUCGGCAGCAUUCUAUUCGAAAUGUAUUUUUGGUGCUUUAACGUUGGAAGUGGGAAAUUUCAUUCUGGUAUCUAACAUGGAUGCGGCUGAGCCGGAUUCUAUCGAUGGAUGCGAUGUGGCCCAAAUCCUUCACAUGUACGAAUUAUUCUCCACUGAUACCAACAAUAACACAGACCCUUGCAGGGCAAUCGUACAAUGGUUUUCAAGGUAAGGAUUGAAAAAUGAGCUUAUUAAGUAACAGACAUACUUAGCAACUGCUCCGUCUGUCGAUUCCAGACCCGCAGGUUUGCCAAAAUCCGUAACUUCUGAUGAAAACUAUUCAUUCGUUGCUCGUGAGGUCGUCGAAGAUUCUCGCUUUGAUCCCGAUAUAUCGAUAGAGACCAUUUUUAAUCCAACUCCGAGGACGCCGAAAGUCAAGAUUACGCGAUCAAAAUCAGUAGACAACAUGGCAAAUCUAAACGCUGAGCAAAAACGAAUGCUACAUGACGAUUGUUGGAAGGUGAAACUCAUUGAUGCCAGAUACGAUAUCGAUCAAAUAACCGAUUCCCUAAGCGAAGUGGAUUUAGAGGACGAUGAUCGUACCAGCUCUUCCAAACUGCGAAAGAGUUCAAGAACCUCGCAACGUUUUCGAAGAAACCUAGACGACGACCUGGAUAAUGGUCAAAAGGAUCAACACGCAGAUUGUAUGAACUACUCAAUCGUCAAAGAGAAGGAUACCGAUGUUGCGAACUUAAAGAUAAAAUUACGAAUUUCGGAGACACAAAAAAAUGUCCAUACACCUAAAUCCACUCGAAAACGUUUAACACUUGGCUCAGCAACACUGGACAACGAUGUUUCGCCGCCAAAAUGUCGCAAAUCCCUUUUAAGUGGACGAGACGAUACGCCCAGGGCGUCAAGGAAGAGUAUUUUGAAGAAUUCCACCACAAAAGCUCCGGAGGAAAUUGGAACUCCAAAGCGAAACGUGCAGCUAUCCAAUAUAGUGGAAGAAUGUGCUGGAGAUCAUCGCGCAUCUCGAAAGCUAGAAUUUGUAAACUCGGAAGCAAAAAUGGUAGACUGUAAAACCCCAAAAAAGGAUCGACAUCGUGGUACCCCAAGCGGCAGUCACUCAACCGCAAACAGCGCCCAAAAAAUGAAACUCAUUCGCUCCGGCGAUAUCAAACCAACUAUUCACUCGAGAGUUCGACCCGUGGAAAGUGGAUCUAACGAUCUAACGAUUGCUCGCGAACAGUUGCAUGUCGCCGCGACUCCUAGUAGUCUACCUUGCCGGGAAAAGGAGUACGAAAUUAUUUACAACUUUUUAGAAGGAAAAAUUUUUGAUCACUGCAGUGGUUGCAUGUAUGUGUCGGGUGUUCCCGGCACUGGGAAGACAGCAACCACGACCGCCGUCAUACGCGCCCUGAAGAGCUUAUCGGAAGAGGAACAGAUACCCAAGUUCGAGUUUGUCGAUAUUAACGGCAUGAAGCUAACGGAACCGCGCCAAGCGUACGUUCACAUCUACCGACAGCUCACGGGCAAAACACUGGCCUGGGAGCAAGCGUACAACCUUCUCAAUAAACGAUUUACGACAAAAGCACCCCGUCGGACCACCACCGUGCUGUUGGUGGAUGAGUUGGAUGUUCUUUGCAACCAGCGGCAGGAUGUGGUCUACAAUCUUCUAAACUGGCCAACGCUGUCGACGGCACAGUUGGUCGUGGUGACGAUUGCCAAUACCAUGGAUCUUCCAGAGCGAAUGUUGAUGGGGAAAAUUUCAUCCCGUCUUGGGCUCACUAGGCUUACCUUUCAACCGUACAACUUCCGUCAGCUGCAGGAGAUAGUCAUGGCACGGCUAGCUGGUAUCGAGGCGUUCAAUAGCGAUGCCGUUCAGCUUGUGUCCCGCAAAGUAGCGGCAGUAUCCGGAGAUGCGCGGCGCGCAUUGGACAUCUGUCGCAGGGCCACUGAGCUGGCCGACGAUCAAUCACGAAAAAACUACAACCCCGGUCAGUCCACGGUGGUCUCAAUACUGCACGUGCAGGCAGCGUUAGCAGAAAUGAUCGCCAGCGUACAUGUGAAAACGAUUCGAAGUUGUUCAAGUAUGGAGCAACUGUUCUUGCAAGCCGUUACGGCGGAAGUUGCCCGUACGGGCAUUGAGGAAUGCAACUUUUUGGGAGUAUAUGCUCAGCUCGAAACGCUUGCUGCUUUUUCCGGUAUCAGUGUGCCUAACCCUGGGCGUGCAAUGAUGAUUUGCGCGAAGCUUGGAGCUUCUCGAUUACUGAUUUGCGAAAAUAGUAGAAAUGAUAUUUAUCAGAAAAUCCUGCUCAACAUUAGCUCGGAUGAUGUUCACUAUGCCCUGCAGGCGAACAAGCUCAACUAAACUAAUUAAC